UAAAUUUUUCCUCCCCUGCCUGGGAAAGUUUUGCCAUUAGGAAUGGCCUUGCAGUAGAGAUGGGAGAUAAAGUGUAAAGUAACUUGCAGAAUUGGUUUCCGAGUUACGGUGCGUCUAAAAACCGCCUUUGUGCUCCAACAAGGGCACUGGGAACUUGAAGGCUUCAGGGCUGGCUAGGUUAAAGCUUUGAAACAUGAAUUUGUGGGAGCAGAAUUGUUUAGAAGACGCUAAGACAUUGUUUUGGAAAUAAAUGUUGAUAAAUGGAAUGUGCUUAUGAUCUCAAAAUGUUCUAGUUUCAGUAUUUCUCUUUGACUGUGGCUAGGAUGGUUAAAUACUGUCAUUCUUGGAGUUUUUUGCAAAAACGUUUGUUUAGCAUAGCUUAACCACCAGAAUUGUUUGUAUUGUUUAUCUUACUAUAUGUACACAACCAUGAUAUAUUUUAUCCAUUAUUCUGUAUGUAUUAUGCAUGCAGAGACUCUAAAUUUCCUGUAGUCUAUAUUAGCAUUGUGUAAUGCCUGCGGAUAAUUGUUUUAUCCUGUGAGUGGUGAGAUUAAAAUGUGAUGCCAUAUCAUAUCACUCAGAAAACUGGAAAAUUAGAUUUGUACCACAGACUAAUAUUAGGGAAUUUCUGCUUCAAAUGCCAUUUGAACAUGUAUGCCUUUUACAGCGUUGUGUAUAUUUGUUUUUAAUAUUGCAGAUGCUUUUUGACUGCAAGACUUCUGAAAUGCUUUGAGGGCUGCGUCUCCUUUCCUAACCAUGAACAGUUCAAAAUCAUCAGGGCUGGCUGGAUUUGGAGCCUUGAAAAACACAACGUGCCACACGGAGAAAAAGAUUUCAGUUUUCUUUUCAAUAAUCUUCAUGACAGCGGGAAUUCUGUCCAACAGUCUCGCAAUAGUAAUUCUCAUGAAGGCAUACCAGAGAUUCAGACAGAAAUCAAAAGCCUCCUUUUUGCUUCUUGCCAGUGGUUUGGUUGUCACAGAUCUCUUCGGUCACCUCAUCAAUGGAGCCAUUGCAGUGUUUGUGUAUGCAUCAGAUAAAGACUGGAUUCGAUUUAACCAGUCCAACAUUCUGUGCAGUGUUUUUGGAAUCUGCAUGGUUUUCUUUGGUUUGUGCCCACUCUUCCUGGGCAGUGUGAUGGCUGUUGAACGUUGCAUUGGAGUCACUAAGCCAAUAUUUCACUCUACAAAAAUGACUUCUAGACAUGUGAAAAUGAUGUUGACUAUGGUAUGUCUGUUUGCUGUUCUUAUAGCUUUGCUGCCUAUUCUUAGGUUUAGAGCCUACCAAAUUCAAGCAUCGAGGACCUGGUGCUUCUAUAAAACAGAACAUGUUGAGGACUGGGAAGACAGAUUUUAUCUCUUACUUUUUUCUUGCCUUGGGUUCCUGGCUCUUGCUAUUUCAUUCCUGUGCAAUGCUGUCACAGGAAUUACCCUCUUAAGGGUCAAAUUUAAAAGUCAACAAAGACAAGGCAGAUCUCAUCAUUUUGAAAUGAUCAUUCAGCUCUUGGCUAUAAUGUGUGUUUCUUGCAUUUGCUGGAGCCCAUUCCUGGUGACAAUGGCCAGAAUUGGGAUUAAUGAAGGUCGCUCAAAGGAGACCUGUGAAACGAUACUUUUCGCUCUCCGAAUGGCCACGUGGAAUCAGAUUUUAGAUCCCUGGGUGUACAUUCUUCUCCGGAAAGCUGUUCUUAAAAACCUGUACAAGAUCACAAGCGGAUGUUGUGGCGUGCACGUCAUGAACUUACACAUGUGGGAACUCAGCUCCAUCAAGAAUUCUCUGAAGGUUGCAGCAAUAUCAGAGUCACCAGGAAGUUCCAGACAGAUAAACCUCCAGCCUCUCAGCUCUAUGGGACGAUAAAGUUUAACUCAGUCUAUGAAGAGAUAAUGGAGGCAACGCUCCUACCUGGGCAGUACCUUAAAAUGAGUUCCAAGACUCAGUGGUUUGGCAUUUGUUUUAAAUUGUGAGUGGUUUGCUAUUGUUGCUUACCAGCUUGAUAUUGCUACUCCAAAAGAUGCCCUUGAAUGUUUUAAUUCACUUUAGAAUACAUCCCUUCCAAAACUGGUAGUGGAAUGUUAAAUCAUCUAUAUUUUUCCCUUCCUAAAGGUAGGAAGUUGUACUAAAGUGAAGAGGGCUCCUUAUAACACUCCCCACCAAACCUUUCACCUUAACAGCCUUCAAGUGAUCUCCAGGGUGAUUUUUAAAAGGAGUAGAUUUUUUCUGCCAGCGAUACCCUCAAAUCCUUUGCAGAGUCACUGGUUUUUAGAAUAAAGUCAAGUAUCCUUUCCAUAAGGGUAUUCUGUGCUUCUAGGCAUUGAAUUUACCAACUGUACAUAUAAAAGACAUUUUGCUUAUGCCCAGUUCAUUAAAUGAUCCACUGUGCUUGGUUCACUGACUUGACCUCUUGAUUAUUUACUGUUCCAUGAAUUUUUGGGAGAGCUGCAAACUCUGCAUCAGUGUUAGUGUUCCUUUCAAAUCACUGACAAAACCUGAGGUUCCCUGUGGGAACACAGAAGCAGAUGAGCUCAGCUUCCUUACAGUUAUGUUUUGAGGUGUAUUGGUGAGCUUUUAGUCCUUUCAACAAAUUUUGUUGAGAGUAACAGGCAUAAAGCAGUGGUUAUUCUGUGAAAACAGUAGUUUUCCCCUCCCUCCCAAACUGAAGGAUGAUUCUGGAAGCGUUCCCCUAGUGCAUGUACUGAAAUACUCAUGUGGUGCAUCUGCUUCAUUUGUAAGAGGUCACAUGUGUGUUGUGAAAAUGUAUGUGACAAAUGAGCACCUCUGCAGGGAACUGCUUUGGGAGCAGGGUUUUGUUUGUGAAAGCAAGCUGAAUGCUCAGUUUUUGCAGGGUCUGUGUCUGAAAUGCUGAGAGCAUUCAGUAACUUGAACGUACCAGACAAUUUUCAGGACAGCUUCACACGGAAGGCCCUUCACCUUUAAUGCUGCUAAAAGAAGCUUUGUUUUUUGUGACUGUAUGCUGUUCAGAAGCCAAAAAUGAGAGAGAUUGUUUUAAGAUAGGUCUAUGUUUUUUUUUACCUACUUAACUUCAAAUAACUACGUUAGUGAAGUGCUGGUAUAUUUGAACAAAAUAGUUAAAAACAGAUUCACUAAGAAGGCAGUCUAAGGGACCAAAACUAUUCAUGAAGUACAAAUUCAUGUUGUAUGUGAGAAUAGUUUGUAAGUCAGAAAAUAAAAACCCAAAAGGUUUAAAUUUUAUUUUAUUUUUUUUCAAGCUAUUUCCUUUUUGUUUUAAAAAGGUUGAAAAAUAAGUGGGUUAGAUAACCCUGUAAUGAAAUGGCUUUAUUUACCCUAAAGAAUUUCUGUUUGUGAUUUUUUUUUUUUUCAGUCAUAGGGCUGAUAAAUGGUGGACAGAUUUGAUGCUGGUAUAAAUUCUGCACUAUUGAUUCACGUGAGUUCUGCUGAAAUCUGGAAGCAUUCAGUCAGUGCUCAACUUGUCUUUUUCAUUUUGUAGAAUGUGAUGUCAGUGUAUCUGUUGACAUAAAUUAUUUGUUCCUUAUGGAAGAUUGUUGUUUUAGCAGCUGCAAAAUAAUGUUGGUCCAUAAAUUGUUGAGAUAUUUGAUUGGUGAAUGAAGCUUGAAAAUGUUCCAUAUUGUUGUGUGAAUAAAUGUAGCUCGUGUUGUUCAUUCUGGUGGGCUUGUAAAACAACAAAGCAAAGUUUAUAUGUAUAUGUGAUUUCUUAUAUUUUGUGUACUGAUACACAUUGAAUGUAAAUUGCGAAGCCUCAUUAAAGUUACCAAACUGUA